UCUGACAAUGCGCCCGGUUGUACGAGAAUGUGUUUUAAGCAGCGUGCACACGCAAAUGUAUUUAACUAUAUCUACUGCACUCAUUCUCUCCCCCCUUCCCAGCCAAGCGCUCGUAUCCGAGCUGAGCGAACAAUUUCAAUCUAGCUGCCAGUGAAGACUCGCGGGACGUCGGAUUCCUGUGAACUCAAGGAUGCGGUGCAGCAAGUUUUUUGGACUGUGUUCGAUUGGGAUCUAUCUAUGGAUGGCGGUCCUUUUCAAAGGGUCCCUACAGGGGGAGCACCAGCGCAGACUGUACAAGGAGCUGAUGGCCAACUACAACCGCCUGGAGAGACCAGUGAUCAACGACUCCUCUCCUCUUCUGGUGGAGCUGGGAAUGACUCUGCUGCAGAUCAUAGACGUGGAUGAGAAGAACCAGGUCCUGAUGACCAACGCAUGGCUACAGCUGCACUGGACUGAUGUGUACCUGAGCUGGAACCCAGAGAACUACCCCGGGGUUCAGAACCUACGUUUCCCCUCCAGCCAGAUCUGGACCCCUGACAUCCUCCUCUACAACAGUGCUGAUGAGAGAUUUGAUGCCACGUUCCAUACCAACGUGCUGGUGAAUGCGUCGGGUUACUGCCAGUACAUCCCCCCAGGCAUCCUGAAGAGUACCUGCUAUAUUGACGUGCGCUGGUUCCCCUUCGACGUCCAGAAGUGUGACCUAAAGUUUGGCUCGUGGACCCACAACGGCUGGCUGCUGGACCUGCAGAUGCUGGACGUGGACACGUCUACCUACAUACCCAAUGGAGAGUGGGACCUCGUGGGAGUCCCUGCCAAGCGUAAUGAGCUGUACUAUGACUGCUGUAAGGAGCCCUACCCUGAUGUCACGUUCACGGUCACCAUGCGAAGACGAACCCUCUACUACGGUCUCAACCUGCUCAUACCCUGUGUCCUCAUCUCUGGCCUCGCCCUUCUGGUCUUCCUGCUGCCCGCCGACUCCGGAGAGAAGAUCUCCCUGGGUAUCACGGUCCUGCUCUCUCUAACAGUCUUCAUGCUACUGGUUGCUGAGAUCAUGCCCGCCACCUCAGACUCUGUGCCUCUCAUUGCUCAGUACUUUGCCAGUACCAUGAUGAUAGUGGGUCUGUCUGUCGUGGUGACUGUUCUGGUCCUGCAGUUCCAUCACCACGACCCUCAGGGCGGCAAGAUGCCCAGAUGGGUCAGGGUUGUGCUGUUGAACUGGUGUGCCUGGUUCCUGCGAAUGAAAGAGCCAGGCGAGGAGCGUAAACCCGCGGGCUACAAGUACCGCCACCCUCCCCAGCACCACUCCAGCGCCAGCUCCAUCGAGAUGGGCCCUAUGGGCACCAUGACGGGCCUCACCACGCCCCUCUCCCAGGCCCCCUGCCCCACCGGCACCUCCAACGGCAGCAUGAGCCUCUACUUCAGCUACAAUGCUGUGGAGAGCCCCCGCUGUCCCCCCUCCAGCGACUCUGGCAUGGCAUUGGGGGGACAGGCCCAAGGGACCCCCUGCGAGGAGGCUGAGCCCCCAGGGGGAGGUGCUGGAAGAGGGGGAGGAGGUGGUGGUGGAAGAGGAGGGGGGUUGAUCUUUACUCCUCCGGAAGUCCUUCAGAUCCUGGAGGAGGUGUCGUAUAUCGCCCAGCGCUUUAGGGACCAGGAUGAGGAAGUGGCGAUCUGCAGCGAGUGGAAGUUUGCUGCUGCCGUGGUGGACAGGCUGUGUCUGGUGGCCUUCACUCUCUUCUCCAUCAUCGGCACCUUCACCAUCCUCAUGUCUGCUCCCAACUUCUUGGAGGCCGUCACCAAGGACUAUCUGAAGAAAUAGUGUCAAUAUAUUAAACCGUAUAGGCCAAUUUCCCAGAGACAGAUUAGACCUAGGCCCGGACUAAGAACCACUUUCAAUUGAGAAUCUCCAUUGAGCAUGCUUUUUAGUCCAGGACUAGGCCAAUGCUGUGUACGGGAAACAAGCCUUACAUAUUCUAUCCAGAGUAUAUUUGAGAAAAUUGGUUUAAUGUAAAUAGAUGUAUACUGUACAUGUAUCAA